GCCUUGCUCACAAUCCAAGAGAGUCAAGGUAAGGAAGGUAUGUACCCUAUAACGUCGUGGAUAAAGAAUGCUUAAAUGGUCGGUCUGUCCAUUUUGCAAUGUGUAAAUCAUAUCGAGAUGAGAGAACCUGAUGGGUACAAACAAAGCAAGCAUCUCAAGAGAUUGAAUACCAUGCUCAUCUCAUUCUCUACAGCAGCUCUUUUUUCCAAAUCUUCCCUACUAAUUACAGCGAGUGACACUUCUGGUAUUGCAUCCAUCCAUCCCAACGACAUGUCGAUGCAGCAGGGCUCUUUUGAGUGGAGAACAUACUGGGCGCAGCAAACAGUCAGUACCUACAUAGUUACCUAUCAGCAGCCCCCACCGCGGGGUUCGCUGCUCUGAAUUGUUUGUUAGGUUAUCUCGAGUCAUUCAUUGACUGUCAACGUCAAUCAGUCAAGCCUGGCAAUGAUUGAGGCCAUGUUUCAGUAAAACGGAAAUGGAGAAGAGAGCUCAGGCCACUGAGUCUCUCAUCCGAACAUCGAGUGGCCAGGCGGCCCUCGACUAUGCUGUUCAGGCUGCAGAGCUUUACAUGAGAGCUGCCGGAGAGGCUUCGACCAAAAAGGAUGCCGCUCGUUUGCGUCUGAAAUGUCAACAACUCAUUGCCCAGGCUGAGAAGCUCAAGGCUGAGCUCACACAAACGCCCAGUGUCUUGUUACGAACCUCAAAACUUCACUCUAAUCUCUUUCCCCCAUGGACGAAAGAGCCCUCGGACCAAGAAUUCCAGCUUGUCCCUGGCGAUGAGCCUUUCACGUAAACAAAAAAAACCCCUGCCCGAUACAGUCUGUUGUAGCUUUUGGCUGAGUUCUAUAUAGCGAUAAUGCAACCUUCACACUGUCACCGAGACAGACUGCUACGUUUGGUGGGUGGAAGCGUCCAAGAGACCUACACGACCAUGUCGAAGCAGACGACGACAUUUUCAUGAACUCGAGCAGCGGUUGCGACCUAGUUCAAGACGUGACUACGGAUUGUUCUGUAGUAGCCAGCCUAUGUGCCGCUAUGCAUAUCUUGACUGGUCGAAAGUCGAUUCUCUCGUCCAUCUUGUAUCCUUUCGACAGAGCAAAAGGAACACCUAUAGUUUCUGCUUCGGGAAAAUAUGUAUUGAAACUAUACUUCAAUGGGUGCUUCCGCCGGGUUGUGAUCGAUGAGCGGCUUCCGUCUUCCAUAAGUGACCGAACCCUAUACGUUGUUGAUCGAGUCAACCCUCAACUAAUUUGGCCUGCACUCCUAGAAAAGGCAUACCUUAAAGUAAGAGGAGGAUAUGACUUUCCGGGGAGUAACUCAGGCACAGACUUGUGGGUUCUUACGGGAUGGAUUCCGGAACAGAUCUUUCUUCAAAGACGAAUCAAGAAUGCACACGACUCUGAGAACGUGGUGGUCACCCUGGGUACUGGCCGAAUCUCUGCCGAAGAAGAGGAUAUCCUGGGUCUUAUUGGAGAGCACGACUAUGCCAUCAUGGAUCUUGAAAUGAUUGGCGACAGCCGGAGGCUUUUGGUCAAAAACCCUUGGUGUGACGGACCGGUUUGGAAGGGAGGCGUUCCUCAGCCAUUUGACGCCGAAUCGCCAACCCCAUAUGCCGCCAGCCCUCAACACCAACCCCCCCCUUCAGUCGCUGGCUCUUUCUGGAUGAUUCUGGAAGAUGUCCUCCAACACUUCGAGUCCAUGUACCUGAACUGGAACCCUGCUCUAUUUCCCCAUCGUCAGGACCACCACUUUACCUGGCGCAUGCCUCCACCUGAGUUGUCUUCAUCGUUGGUUCGCAACCCACAGUACUCACUCCGGUCGACAGCUGGCGGGCCGGUGUGGAUUCUCGUGAGUAGACAUUUUGUGGACGAAGAGUUGGAAAUUGCUCGGAACAGGACCGACUCAAUGGCAGCUGCCUCUGGACAGCUUGGCUACAUGAGCAUUCUUGUCUUCGAAAACGACGGCCACAGGGUGCAAGUAAGCGACGGUGAUGUCUAUCGUGGACCUUAUGUCGACUCUCCUCAGACUCUCGCUCGUUUCGACACGAGCCCAGGAAGACGGUAUACCAUCGUUGUCGACCAGCACGAGUUCCCGCUACCAGACUACACCCUCACACUCUCUUUCCUCUCCCAAGAUUUGCUUGCAGUCAGAGAAGCUGAUGACGAAAUGACUUGCACAAGGGAGGUUGCUGGCUCUUGGACCAGGAGGACUGCAGGAGGCAGCGCUGCUUGCACGACCUACGCUACAAAUCCCCAGUACAAGCUAUCACUUGCUCAAGCAGGGCCUCUAUCUGUCCUACUGUCAACGAAUAUGCAGGAUAUCCAUGUGCAUAUCGAUUUAGUCUGGUCCCAGGGCAAGCGGGUGCAGACACUCAAGGCUCGGGACCUUGCGGGCUCCUCUGGGGAAUAUCGCCGAGGCUGUGCUGUGGUCAACAUUCCACAAAUUGAUGCUGGAGUGUAUACUGUGGUGUGUUCGACUUUCGACCAAGGCCAAUCGGCAGACUUUGUCCUCCGUAUUUCAUCCAUGACGAACGUGGAAGUACAACCCGUACCCGCCGAUGCUGCUGGGAGACUCCGCAAGACACUGAGCCCUUUCCAGCUCUCGGACGGUGAAGAAGUGAGGCGUGCGCAGUUAUCGGCAUCUUGGUUAACUCGAAUGAGUGUCACAGCACGCAGCGUCACGAGCCCAGACAUCGAUCCCAGUAACCGACCUUCAUCUACUCUGAUGGUACGAGUUUCCGUGGCUCAUGGAUGGGAUCCUGAGCGAAUCACGAUCGUAACUUCAGGCGACGGCGAAUACGAAGAACUCAAAUCAAUCGUACGAACCCCUGAGCUUGACAUGGAGCCAGCAAGGAUACAGCGGGAGGGCAUGUGGUUAGUGAUCGAGAGUAUGGGCGCACCUCAAGUAGGAGAGUGCAUUGAGAUAGAGAUUCACAGUGACGGACCUGUUAGUGUAGGGCCGUGGACGCUUGUCUAGGCAGAGUCACUGUGCCAGCCAGUGAAUUGGAGCACUCGUAUGCAGGGUCCAUAUAUCGCAUAACAAAUACAUCCAAAUGCGCAGCACAAGACGAUUGAAAACAUGUAUCUACUGAGAGAAAUGAUAAAUAUAUGUUCAACACAGCAUCAUGCUGAAUAUGAAGGAAG